CUGUUUUCUGCCAGGCUAAUCAGUGGAGCUCUGCCAGGCAGUGAGGCAGGUGUGCAACUGGGGGCGGGGCUUCAGGUGAACAAAGAGAGAAGGACCAUGACAUUGGGCCUUUAGGAGGACUCUCUGUGCUGGACUACAAGUGAACUUAAGGACCAGGACUGAUGACUGGAAGCUGUGGACGCAAGAAGCCCCAGUUGAUGUUGCCGGUUAUAGCCCAGAGUCAAGGAUGGUCAUCUCUACUCCUGCAGGGUGUGUGGACCUUGCUGUUCAUCAUUGCGGUGCUGCUGCAGACUGGGGAACAUGAGAGGGAUUACAACAUGGUUAAAGAGUGAACACAUGAGCUGGAAGACUUCAUCCUCGGCACAACACACAGAGACAACACCUCGCAACGCUCAUCCGUGGGAGGAGUGGGAAAGACUUGGGAUUGUUUGUUGCCCGCAGGAGGAAUUCAAGGUGACCUGAGACAUCCAGUGGCAAAUGUGAAAGCUAUCGAGAGUUUACAGUUCGGACUCCAUCUUCUUUGCAUGGCUCAACAUGUGUUUAGAUACCUGACCUAACCAAACAACUCCCAUCCUGCUAGAGCUGCUUGUUCACUGUGCUCUUUGAGUGUGAAUGUCUGGCCUCGAGGUGUUUCCAAGGGACCGUAUGGCACAAUCCCACACGAUAUAGGUCCCCUUUGCAUGAACUAACAUGGACACAGUGGUCAUCAGUCUCCUGCUUCUGGGAACCACAGUCACGAUGGUCCAUGCAUGUCCCAAAUACUGUGUCUGCCAGAACCUCUCAGAGUCUCUGGGGACUCUGUGCCCCUCCAAAGGCCUGCUGUUUGUCCCACCGGACAUCGACCGGCGAACUGUGGAGCUACGACUAGGAGGCAACUUCAUCCUCAAGAUCUCCACUCAGGACUUUGCAAACAUGUCUAGCCUCGUAGAUCUCACCUUGUCCCGCAACACCAUCGGCACCAUCCAGCCUUUCUCCUUUAUCGACCUAGAGACCCUGAGAUCGCUGCACCUGGACACGAACAGGUUGACUGAGCUUGGACCUGAUGACCUUCGAGGGCUUGUCAACCUGCAGCACCUGAUCCUCAACAACAAUCAGUUGAAUCGAAUCGACAAAGUGUCCUUUGACGACUCGUUACUGACGUUGGAAGAUCUGGAUUUGUCAUAUAACAACUUGCGCAGUGUGCCUUGGGAGGCCAUCCGCAAGAUGGUCAACAUUCAUCAGAUGAGUUUGGAUCAUAACCUCAUUUACUUCAUUGCUGAGGGGACUUUUACAGAUUUGGAUAAACUGGCCCGUUUGGACCUCACCUCCAACCGUCUCGCGAAGCUCCCUCCGGAUCCCAUUUUUGGACGCUCUCAGAGUAAUGUAGUGGCGAGCACUCCUUAUGCUCCUCCGCUCUCGCUAAGCUUUGGUGGAAACCCAUUGCACUGCAACUGUGAGGUGCUUUGGCUUCGAAGGCUGGAGCGUGAGGAUGAUAUGGAAACUUGUGCUUCUCCUGCUAGCCUAAAGGGCCGCUACUUUUGGUCUGUUCGUGAGGAGGAGUUUGUUUGUGAGCCCCCUCUGAUCACUCAACAUACACACAAGUUACUUGUGCUGGAAGGCCAAACAGCUAGCUUACGUUGCAAAGCAGUUGGUGAUCCAAUGCCCAUGGUGCAUUGGGUUGCACCUGAUGACCGUUUGAUCAGCAACUCCUCCCGAGCGACAGUGUAUGAGAAUGGAACCCUGGACAUCACGAUCACCACACCCAAGGAUUACGGGACCUUCACUUGCAUAGCUGCCAAUGCUGCCGGGGAAUCUACAGCAUCCAUUGAGCUGUCAAUCAUUCAGCUUCCCCAUCUGGGUAAUGGUACAAACCGUACCACGCAGUCCAAAUCAGGGCUUUCAGACAUAACAAGCUCUACCAAGAUCAGUAAAGGGGAACCUAAACCUCUGCCGGAGAAGGUGGUGUCUGUUUCAGAAGUGACUGCCAUCUCUGCGUUGAUUAAGUGGACUGUUAUGAAGCCAACUCCAAAGGUCAAAAUGUUUCAGCUUCAGUACAAUUGUUCUGAGGAUGAGGUCCUCAUUUACAGGAUGAUUCCAACGAAUACCAGAGCAUUCGUCGUCACAAAUCUUGUCCCGGGGAUGCAGUACGACCUGUGUGUCUUGGCCAUCUGGGACGACAAAGCCACAACCCUCACUGCCACCAACAUAGUCGGCUGUGUCCAGUUCAGCACCACCGAGGAAUACCCGCAGUGCCAGUCUCUCCACAGUGGCUUUCUGGGUGGCACCAUGAUCCUGGUCAUUGGCGGCAUCAUCGUUGCCACGCUGCUGGUGUUCAUCAUCAUCCUCAUGGUGCGGUACAAGGUGACCAGUGGCAUCCAGACUAAUAAAUUACCAUCUGUGAGCAACACGUACUCGCAGACUAAUGGGGGAUUGAACAGGUUCAAUGGUGCCCCUCCACAGGUCAAGUCCACUGUGGUGGUCAUGCGUGAGGAAAUGGUAGAGUUCAAGUGCGGAUCCCUCCAGAGCAGCCUCUCUUCAUCCUCAUCCUCCUCUCACUCAUUAGACAGCCAAACAGGAAGGAAGGCUAAUGACCGCUACAGCAUGCAGAGCAGUGAGUGCAGCACGCUGCCCAGCAGCAAGUUCAGGAGGCACGGCGCCAAAGCACGACCAAACCUGGACAACCUUUUAGGGGCCUUCACCGCACUGGAGCUGCGAGGGGUAGUGAGGGACCACCAAGGGGCUUCUGGCCCCUCCUCCACCUCUACUGCUGUGACGACGGUGGCUGUGGCUCCUCUGUCUGAUAAAGAACCCCUACUUGGGAGGGCUGAGUCCACCACCAUGCUGGGACGUCUACUUGGGCUGCCCCAGGAGGGUAAGCCCAAGAGGAGCCACUCGUUUGACAUGGGUCAUGUGGGGGCCUCACAAUCUCGCAGCAGCCACCCUCGCAGGAUUAGCAACAUCUGGACUAAGCGCAGUCUGUCUGUAAAUGGCAUGCUGCUGCAGUAUGACGACAGUGAGGAUGAGAAGCCCACGUUUGAGAGCUCUGAGUGGGUCAUGGAAAGCACAGUUUGAGUGCAGUCGGUCUAAAUGUGAGAUCCAUGACCAAACGAUAAAUCUAUGUCAGGAACACGAGUGCGGAGGCAAGGAUGUUCCUGAUGGAACCUGCCUUUGGGUAUCACAUGAAUUUCCUCCAUGUGAACACUCUCUAAUCAACUAUGUAAGAAAAGACACUCAUCUGUAAAGAUUCCUGGCCAUGAGCUCAAGUAUCUGACAGUCUCUUGAAGUAUUUGAAAUACUGUCCUGAUUCAAAAGAACAUCAAAUCUUGAAUCGUGCUGAUAGAAUGGUUCCCUCUCUGCAGGGCACAUGAGAGUGUCUCUGAAAGGGGAAAGAAAGAAAGAUAGAAGUGGAUUUACUACGUCUUUAUCAAAAAACUGAAUGCCAAGAGGAUUAACCACAACCGUGGUGAAGUAUAUGAGCAUCACCAUGUCUUGAGCCCUCAGUGUUGUUCCACCGGGACUACUGCAACAUAACAGAGAAGGACUGGAGGGGUGAAUAGAAACAAAGUCAUUUUUAUUUUCAUGAGUUUUUCUAUCAUUUUUACUAUUUAUUAUUUGAGGUGACUCAUCAGCAGACAGAGGCACAGCUCUUCAGAGGUUAUAAAUGUUCACACACACACAGCUAUCCCUUCAUAGACAGCCAAUCCUUGUUAGUCUACACCUCUCUGAGUCAAAUUUCAACCAAUCACAGAUCAAAAGUCGGUAUUUUUUCGAAGCACAGCACAGCCCUAUGCCCUAGUUAUCAGCAACACAGAACCACAAGCCAGUCUGGUAUUUCUACCUCAGGGUAUGUAUCAUAUGAGGUUAUUUAUAUUAGAAAGCAAAUGGGAAUUAAACACAACUCGAAUGCACACAGCAGACCCCGAACAGCUCAAGACACGACGGUCUUUGCUUAUUAAUGUUUCAAAAGUGAUUUAAUCUUCAGCCAAUCAAACUCUACUCUUGUCCUGCUCAGGUUGACUUCCUGCUCCGACUAAAUGUCUUUAUGAAUUUGUAUACAUUCCCCAUCGGUUAGCGUUGUCGACAGCGGUCCCUGUGGGCUGAAAGGCGUUUGAUGUAAACAGAAUGUUUGCCUCGGGGUUCGGUUUCAGAGGCCAUCAGCACAUAUUACAGUCACCUGAUGGGAAUAGUCUUUGAAAUCCAACAAGCCCACUUAAUCUUUCGCUUACCCAGAGCAGUUUACGUUAUUCGGCUGUAACUCUCUUUGUGUUACACAAACAAGAGAGUAUUACAAUUACUCAUUAGCCUGGUUAUUUGCUGCACUGAGUUCAAAUUGAAGUUUAUGAGCAUGGUAAAGGCCAUUAAGCUGUUUGGAAGAGAGCAUUAAAAGGAGAGGGGAGAAAAUGGCACUUUUUAAGGCCCAAACACUGAGAAAUAUCUGGAAAUCUAUUUCAUGAGAUAGCACAAUACAAAGGCCUUUGUUGGUUUAUGUAUCAUUUAAAUUUAUUCAUCAAGAGAACCCUUUAUUUUCCAUUCACUUUCAUUCUGAGCUGUACAUUGCAGAAAGAUAUUUUGAACUAGUGGCUCUUCAGAUUACUGCCCCUCAAGUAUCUGAGACAUCUCUUCACACGUUUUGAUGCCUUUCUCGAUAUCUAGGGGCCUCUGCUGCAUUUCACAAUGUGGAGUGGUCAUCAUUUUUUUUAUUAUUGUUUCCUUCCUAGGUGUACCGUUCUGUAUAUUGGCAUUUUUUUUGUACAAUAACUGGGUGAGAAUGUAAACAGGGGAAAAUUGUGCAGUGGUACUUUUAUUUUCAUGUGAAGCAAACAGUGGGAAGGUGCUUUACCGUGGUGUACCAACUUGGUCAUUGUUAGUUGGCUCACUGGAAUGGGAGUUUACAUUUUACAAGUGAAGGAGUGGCAGUUUUAAAGGGUCAGUUCACACAAAACUAGUGUUUUGAUACUUUAGAUUUGUUCUUCCUGUGUUUGUUGUCCUGUGUUUUCUACAGAGUACUUUAAUCAUAUUGUUUUGGCUUCCUAAGGGGUAUACAUUCUUUGAAGGGAAUUUACUGUGAUAGUGGACGUUGUAGGGUUUUUGUGUCAAUGUGUGCCUUAAGCAAAAAGUCUGGUGAUACACUCUUUUAUGUUCCCUGUUAACAAAUCAUUUCCCACAAUCACAACCUAGAUAGAUCUUACACACAAAACACUAUCAUGAUGUAGUUAAUACAUGUGUAAUGAUCCACUUUGAAAAUAGUCCAUUACAGGCCAUUAUGAGUAACAUCAGGGAAGAUUACAGCGCCCAUAUGUUAUGAGAAACUUUAAAAUAAGUAUUUCUUUGGUGAGACAUGGGUAGGAAAGAAAGAAUAAAAGAGAGACAUAUUAAUAGAUAGGAAAUAUCCCUAGUGGUAUAUAGUAUAGUUUGUCAGCAGUUAUUCUUGCUACACUUUCAUAUGCAUUUUCCCUCAAGGGAUCUUUAGAAACCCUCAUAGCUCUGACAAUUGUAAUAUUUGUCACAGUUCAUGUCAGUGAAAAAAUAUAAGUACUGUGGUGGAUGAUUUGACCAAAACAACCCAAUCUUUUAAUGGCAGACAAGGCUUCCACAAAACAUGCCCAGCUGUGCAUAUCUCUAAAGCAAAUAUCUUCCAGUAAAUGUAAAGGAAGUAGAGGGUUGCGCCGCAUUACUGAAUAAAACCAUUUGAAAUCCUGAAAAUGAAGUCAUAAAUUUAAAAGAAUACUUUAAUGAAAGUAUAAGGAUAACAUUGAUUAACAUAAGGACGUUAUAUAAUCAUAAUUCUAACAUAUGGUUAGCCUGCAAGUUACCUUGAAGAGGAAGAUCAGAGAUUAGUGCUGCCUGCACUAAAAUGAGGAACGAGGAUCAUAUUGUAAUGUCAUACUUUGGUAUAAGUUUGAUAAAUACCUGAAUACCCAGUUUUUUUUUAACAUCAGCACCACAUUGUCAUAAGAAUCAGGAUUGUUAAUCGACUGUGCAAGAAGCUGAGACUAUUCUGAAGAAAGGCAGGUUAAUAGGAAGCCCGAGCAUGCUUCUUCAACCACUGUCUAACCUCAGCUGCUGAGUACAACUUCAAGACCCAGUUCCUCAUUUUAGUUCAUUAUCAGCAACUGAGUACUGACCUUAGACAAGUUUUGCAUUUGCAUAGUGUUUCCUUGAAUAAUCCUGCAGCAUUAUUUGGAAAUUUUAGAUGAGUAAAAUGAAGCAACACUGCAGUUAUUCCUAACAGUAAAUUAUGCAGUGACAUAUUUUUUAAUACACGUGCACAUUAAGUGUUUUGCACAUCUUUCAUACUGGAGUGGGAAAUGAAAAUGAGAAGGUGGAUGUUUCAGACCCAGAGUAAAAGAGAGCCAAACGUCUAAAUGGCUAGAGAACACUAGAUAUAAAUAGUAACAUGUUUUUUUUUUGUUUUUUUUGUGAACUGACCCUUUAAUCUGCUUUCUCUACUUGUGACAUCAUGUAACCUCCUUUUCCACUCUGCUAACUAAGAAGACAGUUUAAGUGUGUACUCGACAUAGUCAUGAUUCUCACCUGAGGUUCUAGGACAAAAAAAAGGAAAAAAAAACUGUUUCUGUGUGAAAUCAUUUUGCUACAAAAGAAUAUAAAAUAUUGAUGAAUUCCUAUGAA